AUGGCCGAUGUCGCCGCCUCCGGUGCUCAACGCCAGGCGUGUCUGCACCGCAAGCUCGAAAUUAGCUUUGAUCAGGCGUUGCCAAUUGCCGCCAAGGCAAGCGAAAUCGGUGCUGCAGUCAAAAAACACCAGUUGAUCGUGGUCGCGGGCGAAACGGGCUCCGGAAAAACCACUCAGUUGCCGAAAAUUUGUCUUUCGGUGGGGCGUGGCGUCGAUGGCUUGAUCGGUGUGACGCAGCCGCGCCGGAUUGCCGCUCGGUCAAUCGCCAGCAGACUUUGCGAAGAGCUCUCCAGCCCGCUGGGUGGUCUUGUCGGCUAUCAAGUUCGGUUUGAUGAGAAGGUCACCAGCAACACGCAGGUUAAGCUGAUGACUGAUGGCAUCCUGCUGGCCGAAACCCAACAGGAUCGGUGGCUCAAUCAGUACGACACCAUCAUUAUCGACGAAGCCCACGAGCGCAGUCUCAAUAUCGAUUUUCUGCUGGGGUAUCUGAAACAGUUACUGCCGCGCCGACCCGAUCUAACGGUCAUCGUUACGUCAGCUACGAUUGAUACCGGACGUUUUUCAGCACACUUUUCUGACGCGCCAGUUAUUGAAGUUUCAGGGCGUACCUGGCCGGUCGAGAUGCGCUAUCGCCCGCUGAUCGAUUCCCAGGGUGUGGCGCAGGAUCAAGCAGAGGCCAUUGCCGCGGCCAUCGGCGAACUGAAUCAGAUAGAUCCUCGCGGAGAUGUGCUGGUAUUUCUUCCGGGCGAGCGCGACAUUCGCGAGACGCAGGACUUCCUAUCAAAGCAGCAGCUGCGCAACACUGAGGUGUUGCCACUGUUCGCGCGGUUGUCGGGCAAGGCACAGAAUCAAAUCUUCCGUCCCGGGCCCUCGCGCAGAGUUAUUCUGGCCACCAAUGUGGCGGAAACGUCGCUGACUGUUCCGCGAAUCAAGUUCGUCAUUGACAGCGGGCUGGCCAGAGUCAGCCGCUACAGCCACCGCAGUAAGGUCCAACGACUGCCGAUUGAGUCGGUUUCUCAGGCCAGCGCGAACCAGCGCGCCGGUCGCUGUGGGCGGCUUGCUCCGGGCACCUGCAUUCGGCUCUAUGAUGAAACGGAUUUCGACAAUCGGCCUGAGUUUACCCAGCCGGAAAUCGUUCGGACCAACCUGGCCACCGUGAUCCUGCGCAUGGCGACAUUGCGGCUUGGCUCGGUCGAGAAGUUUCCGUUUCUCGAUGCGCCGGAUCAGCGUCUGAUCAAUGAUGGCUAUCAAUUGCUGUUCGAACUUGGGGCACUCGAUUCGUCGCGCCGAUUGACUGCCGUAGGCAAACAAAUGGCCCGUUGGCCGCUGGAUGUUCGACUGGCGCGUGUAAUGAUUGCUGCGACUGAGCUGGCCUGCGCCUCAGAUGCGGUGAUUGUAUGCGCAGGCUUGACGAUUGCGGACCCACGCGAAAGGCCGUUGGAAGCGCCGCAAAAGGCCGACGUGGCGCACGCCCACUGGCAUGAUGCGGAGUCUGAUUUUGUUGCGCUAAUCAAGCUUUGGCAGGACUACCAGCAGGCUCGCCAAAGCCAUACCAACCGACAGCUCCGUCAGUGGUGUCAGCAACGCUAUUUGAACUUUCUGCGCAUGCGCGAGUGGCGUGAUCUGCAACGCCAAUUCAGCGAACAACUGGCCAGCAAUGGGCGAAAUUCAGAAGGCCAUCCAGCGCCAAGUGAAGACUGGGACGGAAAGGACCGAGCAAAAAAAUAUGAGGCGCUACAUCGAGCCAUUGGCGCCGGUUUUCUCGGUCACGUUGCCCUCAGAGACCAGCACGAGUACCUGGGUGCACGCAAUCGAAAACUGCACAUCUUCCCCGGUUCUGGGCUAUUCAAAAAAGGCCCGAAAUGGAUGGUGAGUGCCUUUGUGGUAGAAACCACCCGCGUCUAUGCCCGAACCAACGCGAGGAUCGAGCCUGAGUGGCUCGAGGUGACAGCGUCGCAUUUGCUCAAGCGCCGCGUCUUUGAUCCGUUUUGGUCCCGUCGCGCGGGCAAGGCGCUUGCUUAUGAGCAAGUCACAUUGUUCGGCCUAUCAAUUGUCAAUAAACGUCGGGUCAGCUUUUCAGAACACGACCCGGUGGUUGCCCGUGAACUGUUCUUGCUGGAUGGUUUGACCCGUGGUCAGGUCAACACCAAAGGACAUUUCCUGAAACAUAACCUGGCGCUGGUCGCCGAAAUUGAAGAGCUCGAAGUCCGCCAACGUAAGCGCGACCUGCUGGUCGAUGAGUCGGAGAUUGCAGCGUGGUACGACCAGCAUAUUCCGACAGAAAUCGUGACAGUCAAGGCUCUCGAACGUUGGCGGGUAAAGACUGAGCCAAAUCACGAUGGUUUGUUGCAUUUGAGCAAAGAUGAUCUGCUCCGGACAACCCUUGAGAAUUCCCGAGAGCUGUUUCCCAGGCAAAUAAAGAUCAAUGGUGCAAAAUUUCAGCUUGGCUAUUUGUUUCAGCCGGGGCACGUAAAUGAUGGCGUUACCAUCAAGGUGCCACUGCACUUGCUUAAUGUGGCGGACAGCGGCUCAUUGGAAUGGCUGGUACCAGGGUUGGUUCGCGAAAAAGUGGUAGGGUUGAUCAGGUCGUUACCUAAGCCCUUGCGGCGCCACUUUGUACCGGUGCCUGAUUGUGCCGACCGCUUCCUGACACAGCCGGAGGUUGCGCAAGGACUCCACGCGGCGCUUGCACGAUUUCUAGCUGCUGAAUCUGGGCAGUCGGUUACGGAGAGUGACUUUGUACUUGAGCAACUGGCUGAGUACUUGCGCAUGAACAUUCACCUGCGUGAUGGCAAAGCACUACUGGCUGGUGGCCGCGACCUAGGUGCUCUGCAGGCAGAAUAUGGCGAGCAAGCCCGAGAUGAUUUCUUCGAACAGGCCGGAGACCAGUUCAAUCGUGACGGCCUAGUCUCAUGGGCGUUUGAUCAACUGCCCGCGACGCUGUCGCUGGAAGGGGGUAUGCAAGCCUUUCCGGCAUUGGUCGAUCAGGAGACGGCGGUCGGGGUGCGCUUGUUCGAUACAUCAGAGGAGGCAGUGGGCUACCAUCGCGCGGGUUUGGCGCGCCUGCUUCGGAUCCUGCUCAAAGACAAGUUCCGUUACCUGGCCAGGUCGCUGACCUUUGAUGCGAAGACGCAACUGCAUUUUGCCGCCGUGGGUACUUGGCAAACGCUGCGUGACGAUGCGAUCGAUGCGAUUGGCCUGGCUUUGGUCGAUGACCAUGGCGCCUCGGUGCGCAGCGCUGACCAGUUCGACGCGUUGCUGCUGACCGCUCGUGACCGAGCUGGCGAGCACGUCAAUGCCGUUAACCAACAGCUUAGUGCCAGCUUGGCGACCUUCUAUCAAUUGCGGCGGGAGCUUGAAUCAAACGACUUUCAAGCCUUGUUUCCGUGGGCAUAUGACGAUAUUCAAAGCCAACUGGGCUACCUCAUAUACCCGGGUUUUGUAGCGGAAAUCGGGCUGGCGCGGUUGGACAGCUAUCCACGGUACUUUUCGGCGAUCGCCCAUCGGCUUGAAGCGCUUCAAGCCGACCCGGGCCGGGAUCAGCCGCGGCACCGCCAAGUUGAUUCAUUCUGGCGACAAUACCUAAGCAAAGUACAAACAGCUCCAGAAACUACGGACCGUCUUGAGCCGUUCCGUUGGCAGGUAGAAGAGUAUCGGGUCUCGUUGUUCGCGCAGCGUUUGAAAACCGCCGGCCCUGUCUCAGCCAAACGGUUGAGUAGACUUUGGUCGCAACUCACCGCUUGA